CUGCCUUCGUAACAAUGGAGAAGAUGGCGGAGUGAGGAGAGGUCUGGGCGUAGAAGCCAGAAUCCAUCGGACACCGGAGGUAGUGGCCUCUCCCCUCGAAACAGUCAUCUUCCCAUUCACUCAAGAUGGAGAGUGCCGAUUCAUCAGGGAAAGGAAGCGGUGAGCAAUCCGAAUCUCAACGCCAGAGCCAAAUGGACAGGUUGGACAGGGAGGAAGCAUUCUACCAGUUUGUCAAUGACCUGAAUGAGGAUGACUACAGGUUAAUGAGAGAUAAUAACCUACUAGGAACACCAGGGGAAAUUACUAAAGAAGAAUUGUUGAGAAGGCUUCAGCAGAUCAAAGAGGGACCUCCCCAGCCAAACACCGAAGAAAACAGAGCAGGUGGAGAUUCUGGAGAGGACUCUUCCAACGGCGAUUCUAUAAUAGACUGGUUGAACUCUGUUCGGCAAACUGGAAACACCACAAGAAGUGGACAAAGAGGAAACCAAUCGUGGAGAGCAGUUAGCCGAACAAAUCCAAACAGUGGUGAUUUCAGAUUCAGUUUGGAAAUAAAUGUGAAUCGGAAUACUGCUCAACAGAACCCCACCCCAAGUGACCAGUCAGCAGAAACCCCUGGAACAGAGGAUAUGGAGGUUACCAAUCAGAGUGAGACUGAACCUGUGCCUGAAACCCCAGGUACAGCCCAAAGUCACGUCCCAGAUGAAGUACCUGCAGAGGAGCCCGUCUCCCAGAGAGGGCAAAGGAGGGCAAGAAGCAGAAGUCCUGAUCAAAGAAGGACAAGACCAAGAACUGAUAGAAGCAGGUCACCUCUGAAUCCUCCUGUUGAGCCGUCUCCAAGGAGGCCUCCCCAUGUUUCGUCACAGACUAUUGAUGCUUCUGUAGUGGAAGAAGUAGAAGGUAGCUCCAGAACGAGACAGAUUUCAGGUCUGGUCCAGAACAACCCUUUGUCUCAUGAAACAGAGGGAAGCUCUAGAACUAGACAGCAUGUUACGUCAAGGCAACAAGCACUUAGUGCAGAAGCUCAGAGUCCAAGUGCAGUGCAAUUUUCAAACCCAGAGACAAGAAGCUCAACCCAGUCACCUCCUACAGAGGCUCCAGUUUCUGGAGAAUCUACUGGUCCCAGUCAGAGGCCUCCUACCAUUGUCCUGGAUCUUCAGGUACGACGGGUACGUCCAGGAGAGUACCGUCAAAGAGACAGUAUUGCAAACAGAACACGGUCUCGCUCUCAAACCCCUAACAACACAGUCACUUAUGAGAGUGAGAGGGGGGGGUUCCGGCGCACUUUCUCGCGUUCUGAACGUGCUGGAGUAAGAACAUACGUCAGCACUAUCAGAAUUCCUAUCCGCAGGAUCCUUAACACUGGCCUUAGUGAGACCACAUCUGUUGCCAUUCAGACAAUGCUGAGGCAGAUAAUGACCGGUUUUGGAGAGCUUAGCUACUUUAUGUAUAGUGAUAAUGAUGCAGAGCAAGGCAGUCCUGGAGCAGCCUCUCCUCCAACUGCAGUGAGUGAGGAACAAGCAGACAGUGUUAGUGCUGGUGUCACAACUCCUCCUGUAGAAGUCCCAGAACCUCCAAACCCAGUGGAAAGCGGUGAAGGAAACAAUGAAGGUGUUUCCACUUCUGGGGCUCGAAGGGAGGGUCGUAAUAACAGAGGGCCGGUCACCUUUGAAGAAAGUGGAUCACUACCAUUCCUUAGUCUGGCCCAGUUCUUCCUCCUCAAUGAGGAGGAUGAUGAUCAGCCAAGGGGACUCACUAAAGAACAAAUUGAUAACCUCUCCACGCGAAAUUUCGGUGAAAAUGAUGCCCUGAAAACAUGUAGUGUGUGCAUAACCGAAUAUACAGAGGGUAACAAGCUACGAAAAUUACCUUGUUCGCACGAGUACCACGUCCACUGUAUUGACCGCUGGCUGUCUGAAAAUUCAACAUGUCCCAUUUGUCGCCGAGCAGUCUUGGUGUCUGGCAACAGAGAAAGUGUGGUGUGACUCACUUAAUACAAACUGUCAACUAAGUAGCUGGUGUUUCUAGUGCCGGGCAAAGGAAAGGAGGAAGGGGGUGUAUGGCCACUUUUUGAGUGGUGCUUAAAUUAAGGCCAUGGCUUGGAGUGAGUUCUCCUAUAAAAAUCCUACGUUUCCCCUGCCAAAAUUAAGUAGUUUAAAAUAAACAAAACUAGUUCAAGUACGUUUUGUUGUGUGAGGUUGCUAAUUGGACAGCAAAAAAAUGUUCCUCGUCUUUAUCCUAGUAAACGCAGUUCUUUUUAUAUUUUAAAUAAACUUUCAGUGCUGGAAUGGUUCAAACAAAA